GUGAUCAGCGGUGUCCAAUGACACGCUGCGAUCAUCAGGGCCCUGAUGAUCAGUGCCCUGAUGAUCGGUGCCCAUCAGUGCCACCCGCAAGUUCCGCCCACCUGUGCCCAGCAGUGCGCCCACUAGCUCUGCCCACCUGUGCCCAGCAGUGCACCCACCUGUGCCCAGCAGUGCACCCACCUGUGCCACUCUGCAGUGUCACACACCUGUGCCCAGAAGUGCCACCUACCUGUGCCCAGCAGUGCCACCCACCUGUGCCCACCAGUGCCACCCACCUGUGCCCACCAGUGCCACCCACCUGUGCCCACCCACCAGUGCCACCCACCAGUGCAGCCCAGCCCAGCAGUCAGUGCCACCAGUCAGUGCCCAGCGGUUGUGCCAGUCAGUGCCACCAGUCAGUGCCCAGCAGUGAUGACAGUCAGUGCCGUCUAUCAGUACCCAUCAUCAGUGUCACCUAUCAGUGCCGCCUAUCAGUG